AUACUUUGCGAUCGGUUUUAUGAAAUACAGUACCGGUACCGGUACUCCCCUAAUUUUAUACGUACGUACGUGUGUGCGGAUUCGAUACCAACCAACCAACCAUUAACUUAUUAAGAAUGGAUUAUUCACAACUGAAAGUUCCUCAGCUCAAAGAAGAACUCAAGCGACGAGGUUUGAAAGCACACGGUUUAAAAGAUCAGUUGGUGCUACGUCUGAAAGAUGCAGAUAGCAUGUUCAAGCAGAACAACCUAAAUCCUGGUAUUGGUCAGCUUAUCCGGGCUGGUCCUAACACCCCAACCAGUUCAGAGCCUCCAUCUACCCCAGAGGAACUAGAAACUCUGAGAGAGAUGAGGAGAUUGGAUAGAGAAGAAAGAGCCAAGAUUACCCUUUUGAAGAAACCACUUACCACUUUGCAGUACUUUUUCCUAGAAGUUUGUAUCAUAAUUGUGGGAUGGACAUACAGGUUAUGGGCCAACAGAAGAAAAGUUGCAGCUGUCAUCAUCUUUCUUAUAACAAUGGCUAUCUUGUAUCAUUUAGAGGGAUCACAUCAAGUAUAUGUGCAGUACUUAGAGAAAAAGACAUUGUGGUGUUUGUAUUGGGUAGGACUUGGAGUUCUAUCGUCAGUAGGUCUAGGAACUGGUCUUCAUACGUUCCUUCUAUAUCUGGGUCCCCAUAUAGCCACAGUGACGUUAGCAGCAUUUGAAUGUCAAUCAUUAAAUUUUCCUGAACCUCCCUAUCCUGACAAAAUUGUUUGUCCUGAAUCAAGUGAAGGAAGUACAGCUGUUUCUAUGACAAUAUGGUCAGUUUUACAGAAGGUCAGACUUGAAGCAGUCAUGUGGGGUGCUGGUACUGCACUUGGAGAGUUGCCUCCAUAUUUUAUGGCCAAAGCAGCUCGUCUUUCUGGUGUUGAACCCGACAAUGAAGAUUAUGAAGAGUUUGAAGAGAUUAUGGAACAUAGUCAAAAUACUCAACAGGACUUUAUGACUCGGAUGAAAUUAGGGGUUCAACGCUUAGUUCAAAGAGUUGGAUUCUUUGGUAUAUUAGCAUGUGCAUCAAUUCCUAAUCCAUUGUUUGAUCUUGCUGGUAUUACAUGUGGUCAUUUUUUGGUACCAUUCUGGACUUUCUUUGGUGCAACACUCAUUGGAAAGGCUGUUAUUAAAAUGAGUAUUCAGACAAUUUUUAUCAUCAUCACAUUUAGUGAACAUCAUGUAGAAUUCGUUGUUGACUUGAUCGGGGGCAUACCCAUGAUUGGUCCCUUGAUCCAGCGACCAUUCCGUGACCUCUUAGCCAAACAAAAGUCCAAGUUACACCGGGUACCAGGCAGUGCUGUUGAUAAGCAAGGUAAUCUGCUUGGAUUCCUGUUUGAAAAGUUGAUCAUUGCCAUGGUUCUAUACUUUGUUAUCUCCAUCAUUAAUUCCCUCGCUCAGCGAUACUUGAAACGGGUCCAGGAAAAGAACAGAGAAAAGAGCUCUUGAUGAUAAUGUAUCCUCAGCCUAGGUUUUAUUGGGAUUUUAUGUUAUAUUAUGCAUAUCAUUAUUAUUAUUUUUUAUUUGACACCUAGAUAGAUCCUUGUCAUUUGAUUGGUUAUUCUAUAUCGAUCAUUCAGCCCAUUUUACAAUGACGUCAUCAACCGUGCAAUUUUGGAUCCACUCAUCGUGCAAUUUUUUAUCCAUACGACUCUGUUCAUUGCAUGCGUGCACCAAGACUGCAGGCACCUCGAGUAAAACCACUCAUGUUUGCAGCGCGCAUGUUGUUUGUACGAGAUAACCAACAGACUGAGCUCGCACUGCAUGAGCAUAUUUUGCAUCAAAAUUCAUAAAUUUCAUAUGAAAAAGAAUCUUUUUUAGGUGUCAUAUAAACCAAAUAAUGAAUGUUCUUUACAUUCGUGCAAUGGAUAAAAUACUUCAUUCGGUGAAAGAUGAAAUGAAUGAUCCAUUCAAUUCGGCUACGCCUCAUUGAAUGGAUCAUUUCAUCUUUCACCUCAUGAAGUAUUCAGUCCAUUGCACUCAUAAAUAUUCAUAAUUUGUAUACUAUUCAUUUGCCGCUGUGUGGCUGACAGGUGAUGACUCAACCAGUUACAUAUCUCUGGUAUCAACUUGCUAUAAAUUAUUGCUUGCUCAAUAAUGUUCCACUAAUAUAGUCCUUGAUUCCUCAGAACAGCAUCUCUAAGCACUUUACACUUUACAAAAUAAUCCUGCUCAAUUUUCUAAAUGAUGAUUCAAAUACAGUGUCAUAAUCUACAACUGUUCCCAAUGCACUUUUAAGAAUUAGACAUUUCUAGUGCAAAUUUUCUUGCAUGCAUGCUACUCAUUUUAAUAUCCUUGACCCAAAAUAAAGAUGUGAGCUAUCUAUGUAAAUUGUAAUACCGGUAGUGCUUGUCACUUUGUAGCAUAUUAAUACAAAUUCAUUCUGUCAUUCACACAAGAGAUAGAAGGGUAGUCAGAAGAUUUUAUAUAUUUUUUCAUUCCAUUUGCACUCACCUAUAUUGGAUUGUGCAUAGAUUUCAGUUGACUUGGUUUUAAGAUCAUUUUUGUCCAUUAGAGAUAUUGGUGCAGUGUUUCCAUUUUUGUUGCAAGUAAGUCUCCAAGAUGUCUGCACUAAAAUGGUUUUGCUCUUAAAAAAGGCACAACUUCCAGGAAAUUGACUCAAGACUUCUUCAAGUCACUUGUUAAUCAAUUUCUGGGAAGUUACAGAGAUGAGAAACCUCUCGAGGUUGCAAGAACAUCUCUAUGGUAUCUUUGGAACAAAAUAAUCUUUGCAACUGAUAGAGACGCCACAGAAACAUUUCAGAAAAGAAGCAGUCUCUGUCUAAAGUAUUAAACGUGUUCAGAUAUGUCUCAACUGCUAGGAGACUGUAAUUUUCAAGAGACAUUGCGUAGACCUCUCUGCAGUAUGCAAAAUCUGUAGUCAUGACCGAAGCGCCAACUAAUAUCAAACCCAUUGAGAUUAACCCUUAGAAAAUGUAAGAAUUUGUUUUAAAGUAAUACAUGUAAUUGUAUUUUCAUAUUCGAAGGUAAGGGCCCCCAGGGUCCACAGUUUACAUUAAUCUUUAUUUCAUAAAUUUAAUAUAAAUUCUAUAAAUUAAAGACAGUUUCUUUUGUGUUAAUAAGACCCAUAUUUAAUUCAAGUUAUAUCAUUUGAUAAGGGAGAGCCCAGAACUGACACAAUUUUUUAUGAUUUUUAUGAGAUAUCUAGAUUCUUAUUUGUUGUACUUUCUUAAUUUUUGUAAGGACACAUCUUAGAUUAGCAUGACAAUCUAUUGAGGUUUGAUUUGAUUUAAUUUGUGACUGCAACUCUUUAUGUGGGAGGGCCAAGAACACAUUGGAAUAUUUAUGUGGUUGUUUUUUUGUUGGAUAAUUUGUGUUUUGAUAAAAGUGACUACUGAUAUAGCAUAUUUGUUUAAAUGUUUAUUGAGACCUUCUUUAUUUAAUAGUUUUGAAUAAGGAAGUACAAGUGUAAUCUUGUUAUAGCCAAGCUGAUAUUUCACUUUGUGAUGCGUGUAGAUCAGGCAUUUAAAAGGAAAUAGAAAACCCAAUAUUACCACAUGUAAUGUGAAUAUACAUAAUUAUUCAGAAAACUGUAAGAUGUGAAAGAAAAGAUAAAAAAAUGUGAAACUCAGUCAUGACUCUACUUGGAGUUUUCCUUAUCACUAUUUAUUCAGAAAACAAUGUGUAAUAUUGCAUUCAUUAUAAGACUUAUAGGGCCAAAUUGACAUAGGUAGUUUUGAAAAUAUGUGGUUUGAAAUCGGUGCUUAUGCAUAUUUGAUUCACUUGUAACUCUUCAUUCAGUGCGCAUAUUGUUAAAAUGUCUAAUAAUGGAUGCACAUUAUUAUCACAGCCCACUUAAAGUUGAUGCUUGUUACUACUGAUAAUAGGUUCACUGUUUUGUAGAUAAAUUAACAUAAACAGUGGACUGAUUACUGUUGUAACCUUAGUAACAGGCAUCAAUUUAGGGCACUGUGAUAAAAGCAUGUAUACAGUAUUGGACAGUAUAUUGUAAAUGCAAUUUAUGGCUUUCAACCCAGUGAAUAAGAUCGCAUUGAUCGAUUUAUUUGAUAAGUCAGAAAAUAUUUAGUAACCAGCUCUCAUCUACUGAUUGCCAGUAUUGGAUACCUUCUCAAUAUACAUGCUGAAUCAAGCAUAAUCAUUGCAUGAAAUCUGUUUAAACCAUUGUUUCAAACCACACAUGCAAAACAUUUGGGAAUUCAGGGCAAAGAGUAAUGAUGAAAACCAACCAUAUCCCAGACCCUCCUUUUUUUAUUUGAAUGACAAUACUUUAGGUAUUGUAAAAUAUUUACCUUGUUCUUGUUAAUUAAAAUUUCAUACAUGUAUGAAUGAAAGCAGGUUUAAUAAAAAUGACAAAGAGUAUGGUGAUGUGUUACUUAUUGUACAUGUGGUACAUCAAUGCACUGUUUUUGAAAUUAUGAUCCUGAAGAAUAAUACAGGGAAUAUUUAAGUUGCAGAUGGCUGUUUUUUUAUAAGUUGUAUGUUUAGCAUACUUUUUGCAAAUUAAUAUCCCACCAAGUAGAUAUCAUCUAUCUCUCUAGUGCUUUCACAUUUACAUUGCCAUAUUGAGCUUGAUUAUUUAUAAUCACAUGUGGUAAUGCAUAAUCAUAUUUGUACUGAAAUGUUGAUAAAUUUAACAUUUGAAAUCUUGUAGUUGGAAAUCAAGUUUUCACAAAAUAUGUAAGUUUUAUCCAAAAUAGCACAAAAUAUUGAGAAUCCUCAUUGACUUUGUACAGCAAUAUAUUUGACUGCCCCCCCCCCCCCCGGGCCUUUUGGUGGGCAACCUCAUGACACAUGUCCUUAUAUCACAAAAUAGUAACCUUUGUGAUAAUAUAUAUUACAAGAUAAAGAUGUGGUAUAUUGCAUAUAAUUAUAAAAGAAUAAGUCAGAAAAAAUAAGAUAUAUAAUGCAUGAGGUAAAUAAAAGGUAUGCUGUAAUAAUAAUACUCCGGGAAUCUACUCUAUCUACCCAUUUUUUUUUACAAUCUUGAACAAGAGCAAUAAGCUUAGAAAUCUACUAUGAUGUUGAUAUGAGCAUUAUCAUUGAUCAAGAUAUUAACAUAAUCAUGAAUUUCUAGUUCCAUUUGUAAGAAUCACCAGAAUUUACAAUUUUUUGUUUGUAAUUCAUGUAACACAUGUGACUAGAUUCCAAGUAACCCAUCAAAAACUUGCAAUCCUUGUUUUAUUCCAUGGGUCAGUAUCAAGAGUUAUUCAGUGUGUGUGAUAUUACCAAAUACUAUCUGUUAUAAGCAGGUUCAUAAUCCCAAUUCUCGAUUCUAAAUCACAAAUCUAACAUACAUUACUCUUUUUUAGUUUUACUGAUUUUUUUUUGAUCGGAUUCAUUGUGAUAGCUAGUUUGAUGCAAUCAUUCAAUACCGUUUAUAUACAAAUUUAUGAAGGAUACGUGAUUUUCUUGUAAUAAGCAGGUCCCCCCAUCCCAUCAUAUAUGUUUGCCCAUUGAAGAUUACACUUGUUUAGGAUACAAUAUCAAGCAUUUACCUUGAUGAUCCAUGUUAAUUUGGAUACUAGAAUUAAGUUUAACUUCAUAUUUGCUUUGGGAAAGAUUUGCCUCUUUUCCAUUUCAGUCCUUUGAAUUUUCUUGAUGAGACUUCUGAGUUGCAAACUUAUUACUUAAAUUUAUUGCGUAAGUGUAUUUAUGUGAUACUGUACAGCUUUGAAUAGCUGUACUGAAAACCUAAAACUGUCAAUGAAGGCCUACAAAAUAAUUGAAUGUUUCUGAUAUUUGAAUGGAAAUAAAAAACAGCAAUGGUUUUCAAAUUCUACAGUGUAACCUUGUUUAUUUUGGCCGCCUUCAGACCAUUGCCCAACACUAUAAAGGACAGACUUGAUUAAGACACCAUUCAAAUGGAAAUUAAUAAUGUAGAGGGGUCUCUUAUUUAUGAAAGUCUAUUUAUAUGGGUUUAUUUGUACAAGAUGAAAGUAAAAUGAAAAAAAACUUAAAAAUUGCUAAAUUGUCUAUUCUUUGUACUUGUAUAGAGGGAAAUUGGCAGGGAGACACAGACAAAUAGUGAGUCCAAAAUUUGACUAAUUUCUAUCGUUAUGAAAUAAGGCACAGUUAUAAAGUCUGAGGCACAAACCUCCUUGGCGUCUUCUCCCUUCUAAUCCCUACAUGACACCUUAGCCAAACGAUGGAGAUACUGAACUUCUGCUUGCACCAUACCUGUUGUGACUUAUAAUUAUGUGACUGAACUGAAUAUUGCAUUGAUUGUUUUUAUUUCUAGAAAUCUCUUUCUAGUCAACUGUCUUGAUUCAUUUAUUUAAUUCUCAAUUUGAAGUAAAUGAUAAUCAGAAUGUAUCUUCUGAAUCAAUGGAUUCCUUCUAAUGAAAGUAAUGAUUUGUAUUUCCCGUUUCAAGUGACUCAUCUACCUUCAUACGGUUAUGUAACAGCUUGAAACAGCAAUGCUCUACACUUCUUACAUUUUGCUUGUUUUGCAAAGAAGGGGAAUAUGUAGUACCAUAUUGUUUGAUUAUGCACAAAUUAUAUGCCAGAAACAUAUAUCGCAAUUGAUUUUACAAAGAUAUAUUUCCCCUUUUAACAAAGUGUAAAACUUUUUUUUUUUCCAGUUGAACACAAUGCCGUUAUGUUUGGAUGUAUUGUUAUGUACAUUGUAAUUUGUUAAGUGUUAAAUGUGUUAUUCAUAUUCUUCCAACACGGAUAUGCAGUAUGAAAUGUUUAAAAGGCAUAUAUCAUUUUUUGUCUUCAAUUCAUGUACCAAAUCUGAAGUAGGGUACAUAUUUUUUUAAUAAUGUUUAUCUGCUUUGUAUGUUUUAUUUUGUAUAUUUUGGAAUGAAAUCACUGGAUGUUUUUGAGAAAUGCUUGUAGGUAGGAUCAAGAGAAACAGAAGUCUGUUAAACCUACCUCAUAGAGGCAAAUAUGUGAAACAAUUGAAAAUUGUUUGGGUUUUGCACUCAAUGUUGCCCUGUGAAAAUACAGUUAUCACUUUUUCAUAGUGCAGGUACCUAGUUGCAUUAAUGAUACUAUUUUGGUAAUUUUACCAUCCAGUGAUAAUUACCAUGGUAACAAUGUCCAACAACCAAUCAAAAUCAAUGAUUCCUUGGGAGAUACCAUUAGAUGACAAAGUUACCUUCAUAGUUACUUUAAAGCAAAAAUGCCUUGGAUCAGUCAAAUAUUGCUAAAACUGAGGAGUGUUCCACAAAGCAGUUUGUCAGUGAUUUUUAUUGACUAAUUUGUUCUGAGCCAAUCGGAUGCAAGGAUUUCAGUAGCCUAUAACAAAAUUCUGUGAGAAUGACUAUAUGUUUUAUGAAAUGCUUCUCUGAUUUUGUUUUGACAGCCGUCUUGGUGAGAAGCUGCAGAUAACCUUGAUAAUUCAUUCAAUGUGGUAAAAGAUUGUGUUUAAUGUUGUUAACUUGUAGUUGUGGUAUUAACAUUUCUUGAAAAUGGCCAAAUAUUUCUAUGUUCAAUAAAUAUUAUUAUAUCAUAAUAAAUUCUUAUUUUCUUUCA